CUCUCAUUGACUCUCCAGCAAAAAAAAAAACCACAGGAGAGAAAUCUUAAAGACGGAAGUGAGCACUCCUCCUCGUCUGCUUCCAGACAGAAAGGGCUGUGAACGCUGCUUACGCAUGCAUGUUUGAAUGUUUAUUUACGUGUGUUAUAUACGCUUAUGAGUUAUUCCCAAAGAGCUUUCAUUUGCCUCUGAGUCUACCCGGUAUGGCGGAGGCACCGGAGGACCGCAGCAGCAGCAGCGGUGCUCAGCAGAGUGCAGCGCUGCUAACAGGUGACGGAGAACCGGAGGAGGCCGAGGAGUUCACCUGCUCGGCCUACUGCUCGGAGCUCUCCAGGCGGCAGAACGAGCAGAGGAAGUCGGGCAUGUUCUGCGACGUGACGCUGGUCUUCUUCAGCAGCAGUGGAGUGUAUAAUGAAGAGGAGGAAGAAGAGGCGGAGAGGGUCCAGACGUUAUCCGCGCACCGCUCCGUGUUGUCCGCGGCGUCGCAGUACUUCACGCUGCUGCUCGGCGGACAGUUCUCGGAGUCGGUGUCCGGUCGAGUGGAGCUCAAAGAGUGGAGCUCCGCAACAGGACCGGACCCAGAGACCGUGGAGAGCGUCAUUCAGUUCAUGUACACCGGGCAGAUCAGGGUGACCACUGCUAAUGUGCAUGAGGUGUUGGAGCUGGCUGACAGGUUCCUGUUGGCCCAGCUGAAGAGCUUCUGCGGAGAGUUUCUGAUGAAGAAGUUGAACUUGUCCAACUGUGUAGCCGUACACAGCCUCGCCCACAUGUACACCUUGGACCAGCUGGCCCAGGGAGCCGCCAAGACCAUCAGAAGAAACUUCCACAAAAUCAUCCGCAACGAGGAAUUCUUCACGCUGCCGUUUCACCUGGUGCGGGACUGGCUGUCCGACUCGGGCAUCACUGUGGAUUCCGAACAGGAGUUGUUUGAGGCGGUGGUGAAAUGGGUGCACCAAAACGAACAGGAGAGAGAGAAACAUUUUGAGGAGCUGCUGAAACUUUUAAGACUGUCUCAGAUUUCUCCUACGUACCUGACACGGGUGGUGAGAAAGGAGCCCUUAGUGGCGAACAAUGCAGCUUGUCAGCAGCUGGUGUCUGAAGCCUUUGAGGUCCACGCCGUUCACUUCGAGAACCUCAACCAGUCGGCUGAUUUAGAGCUCGGUGCCACCUACAUGGCGGCGAUCCAGCCUCGUCUCGGCCAGAACAUGGAUGUAAUCAUGGUGGUGGGUGGUGUUUCAGAAGGUGGAGACUAUUUGAGCGAGUGUGUGGGCUACUUUGUCGCUGAGGACCGUUGGGUAAACCUGCCACACAUUCACAACCACCUUGACGGACACGCCAUCGCCGUCAGUGACAGCCAUGUUUACGUGGCAGGCUCCAUGGAGCCAGGAUUCGCCAAGACGGUGGAGCGCUUCAACCCCAACCUCAACACCUGGGAGCAGGUCAGCAGCCUGACCACGCGCAAGCACUCCUUCGGCCUCACGUGCGUCAAAGACUUACUCUACAUCAUCGGCGGUCAUGGCAACUUCAGCCCAGGCUUUAAGGAUGUUACCGUCUACGAGCCCGAGCAGGACGAGUGGCACAAUCUGGAGCCGGCGCCGAAGAUUCUGCGAGAUGUAAAAACAGUGAGCGUAGAGGACCGCUACAUAUACGUGAUGGCCAGGACUCCUGUAGACAUGGACAAUGAGGAUGGACUGAGCACUGUGACCACCUGCUACGACACGGAGAGUCACAAGUGGCAGGAAGUGGACUCCUUACCGCUUAUCGAUAAUUACUGUAGUUUUCAAAUGGCCGUCGCGUCCACCAACUUCUACCACACAGCUUCUUGUUGCGCGAAGAGCUACAAGGUUACAGCCGAGGCCGCUCAGGAGAAAAUAAGUAGAAAUAUCUCUGACGACAUCCUCGACAGCCUCCCUCCAGAGGUCCUUAGCAUGGAGGGCGCUGCUGUUUGCUACCUGGGUGAAGACAUAUUCAUCAUUGGCGGGUGGAGGAACUGCAACAACAUGGACAAGCAGUACCGCAAAGAAGGGUACCGUUACUGUGCUGAGAGGAAGCGCUGGAUGCUGCUGCCGCCCUUACCCCAGCCACGCUGCAGAGCCGCAGCCUGCCACGUUCGCAUCCCGUACCACUUUCUCCACGGCUGCCAGCACUACCCCAUGCCCCAGAACCUGGCUCGCCAGCGAGACCGCAUGCAACAGAUGCAGCAGCUCCAUCGGCGCACGCUCACUCUGCGCAGACAGCUGCAGUCUCAAAUCGAAUGCUGAUAAAUGCCUUGUUGUUAUCACAAAGUCUUAUUUUUUUGCCUUUUAUCGAGGUGAAACGUCUGCACGGGUUUUCCUCGGGCUUGUUUGAAUUUUAAAAAAAUGAAGAAUUAGCCAGAAAAUGCUACUAAAUUAUCAGUCUUAAAUUAUAUUUUUGGCCUUACAUUAUUAGCUUAUGCCUUACUUUUAUUCCGCCAGUAAAUGAAACUGUGAUUGAUGCGACAUUUUCUGAAAAAGAUUGUUGAUUUCAUUGCUAAACUUAGCUUAGCUUUUUUUUAUAUGUGGGCUGACACCUAAAGAUGUCAACAUACUGUAUGUUGUGGAGCAAAUAUCAGUGACAACUUUUGGGUGAAGUUCGGUCAAGUUCAAUGUUGAGAUGUAAACUUAGCAAAGUAAAAUGAUGUCUACGUUUAUUGUGAUGUAAGUUAGAAGAAAAUGAUAAAUUAUAAGUGUGGGGAUAAUGAACUUACCGUAACAACAAGCUGAGCUUUAACUUCUUAUUCCUCUCUCGCUACUUGCAUCUAAUUUCUCUUCUACCUCCAGUUUCCAUCAUGCUUUUUUGCACUGUAGGGGUUAAAUUAUCUAUGUUGUUUGUGCCGCACUUGAAACAGACAAUCAUAAGUAUUGAGCAAAGCACAUAUUGGGGAACAGGGUGUUCAGUGAUUAUAUGUUCCCCCCUCAUUAAAUCAUGAGCCUGCUUAAUACUGCAUUGCACGAAAAUAUGUGCACUUUCUUACAGGUUGUACAAAACUUUUUUUUUGCAAUUCCAAUGGAUAUGUAUAAAAUGUGUAUGAUUUAUUUCUUAAAUAUUUCAGCUGGUCAAAAAUUGCUUUAUUUGAUUUCCCAGAUUGUUGCGUAGCUUGAAAGAUACGGUGCCUUCAAAUGGGGUCGAGUUUGUGAAAGCUUCACGAGUUGCGAUGUGUUUGUUGACAUUGUCAGAAAUAGUUUUUAAUAUAAUUAAAUUGUAUUUAAUUUUAUAAUAUGUCUGAAAAAAAUGUUGAUAUUCCCAACUGCCUCCUUUGCAUUUACUGCAUUAUAUUACCCACUUGCCAGCUUGCUAAAUUGUUAGCCUCUGGUCUUCUAGAUGCCGACAGUAACGUUAAUAUUGCCGUUUCUUAGCAGCGAUGUUCUCUCGACUUUACCACUUGAACGCCAAACACGUGAACACGACUUCCCACGUUGUAAACACAAGCUCACAAGUUUCACUUGAAGGCACCAAUAGACCAACAUGAUAAUGAUGUGAUGCCACUUUUGGCAAAAGCAGCUCUAUGUUUUAUUUUAAUUUAUAUUCUCUUGUCCCAUUCCAUGUUGUUAGGACACUGACUAAUGCUCCAGUGCUUAAAGAGUUAUUGUGGAGUUAUUUAGUUUGUUGGUUUUUGGUGGACUCAUUUGGUUUGUUCCGCCUUUGUGCUUCUGGCAGAAUUAGCUCUGCCUCUUACUUUGUCUUACUGCACUAUGAAAUGUGUGAAACACAUGAAACCAGGAGGCUGAUAUGUGUUUGUGCAUGGUUCUCUCCAUGUUCCCAACUGUGCCAUAAAAUUCCAGCUGCCCCUUAUUGAUAUAGUUGUAUUAACUGCAUUCCCUGCACUAAAGGACCUUGAAUGUUAAACAUUGUACAGUGUUGGUUUAUUUUUUUUUACUACAAUCCUAUAACACAAUUUUGUGUUGACCAGUUGCAUCCCUAGCCAAGCUCUCUAUAAAUAUUAUCUUAGCUUGCGUGAACAUACUGUACAUAAUAUGAACAGUAUUAAUUGAUGGAUGGAAAUAAUUUGAUCAGUUGUAUAUGGAGGUUUUGAAUUUUCAAGAGUUGGUUUUAAGCCAUUUUUCUCAUGUAAAGUGCACACAAUCAUGCACACAACCACAUGAACAUUGGCAGUGGUAUCACAUUUUUCCAGUUUGCUCAUUGGAGAGUUGGAUGAAAGUAUAAUUCGCCAGUGUCAUAUUUCAUGCAGCCUCAUGCACUUCUGUGUUCCAUAUAAUGUCAUUCCAUUUGUAUGUGCAAGAGCAAGAAAGUGUACAGACAUUUGCAAUAAAUAAUAAAUAAGAGAA